AUGAAAUACGAAACCUUUGCGGCAUGGCUACUAGCCGUCGCCCUCCCAGCCGUCGCAUCUGCAGUCUCGACGGGCCACCACGGCGACAGGACACUGGCAGUACGAGACUUUCCGUCCACACAGGAGCACAGUGAGGAAAUCGCAGAGGAUGAGGACAAGUUUGACCUUGACGAAUAUGCAGAGAUCGAGCUGGGGCUUGGAGGCAGCGGCAUCCUGAACGCCCGGGACGCCGUCGAGUCGUCGCGUCUGCUUGCUAGACAGCAGCGAGCCGCUCGACUGCAGAGGCGGAAUGCCGCCCUCACAAAGCUGGCCAGCUCGCUUUUCGGUGCGGCCAAAAGCGCAACGAGCAAGGGGUCAUCGGCCCCGGCUGUCAAGCCGGCGGCGACGGUUACAACGCCGCCCGCAACAGCAGCAAACCCGGCAACAGCAAACCCAGCAGCAGCAAACCCAGCAGCUCCAGCAACGGUGGGAGCGUCGACAACACCGAGCACAGUCAAGCCGGCGCCCAAUCCUGCUGAUGGAAACAAACCUGCAACAGGAGUCGCCGACCCGACCAAACAAGCACCGGCGGGAGCAGGCACCGAUGCCACAAAGCUGCCGGCUUCAGCUCCAGCCCCGAACAGUCAGACCGCUCCUGCGGCAGGCAAGCCAGGCACAACACCACCCGCUACAGGCAGCCAGACACAGCCGCAGUCAGAAGCGGCAAACACCAAGCCUGGGGCCGCGGCUCCUGGCACCGUGGUCGCAGGCGGCGCCGUCGCUGGGGGUGCCGGGGCUGCCGCCACCACCAACGGAGUGGCACCGCCGAACUCGCAGAUGGAUCCUACCAAGGCCGCCACCAACGGAGCACCAACGUCAAACUCGCAAGUUGACGCUACCAAGGCCCCGGCCUCGGCCAACCCACAGACUGCGCCUCUGCCCAACGCAGCAGCCAACCCUGCCGGGACUGCCGGAGCCACCGGCCAGCAACAGCAGCAGUCUCUUACUUCUACCACGAAGCCGCAGGUCCCCGCGUCUAACCCCAACGCCGGCGGCCCAGCCACCACAUCCCAGACCUCUUCAAACGGCGGCGCCGUGUCGCCAGCCUCGCCAGCCACUGGCGCCAAGAACCUCCCGGCAGACCCCAACGGGAUGCAAUCCCCGGCGAAGCAGUCCGAGGCCGGCGGUGCAUCUGGUGCCCUGUCCGGUGCACUCCCCAAGCAGCAGCCCGGUGCCGGUGCCGGCGCCGGUGGUCUUACUUCCACGCCUCUCAACGACGCAGCUGCCUUGCCGCCGACCAAGCAAGACAAAAAGGCCAUGGCGAAACAGUCCGAGGAGGAGAAGAAGGCCAUGGCGAAGCAGGCUGAGGAGGACAAGAAGGCGGAGAAGAAGGCGUUGGAGGCGGAAAAGAAGGCCCUGGAGGCGGAGAAGAAGGCUCAAAAGGAGGAAGAAAAGGCGAUCAAAAAGGCCAAUGGCGGCGGUACCAUGAACACACUGGCUGGCCUGGCGGCCGGUGGCGGUAUGGGAAUGGGAAUGGGCGGCAUGGGCAUGGGCAUGGGCAUGGGCACGGGUGCCGGAAUGGGUAGUGGACUGGGUGCUGGAACGUCCCUGGACAGUGAGGUACCCUUGGAUGGUCAGCAAGCCAUGGACGGCGAGCUGCCUUUGGAUGACGGAACUGGCGGCGGCCAACUCGACGACGGCCUUGACCCCCUCGAUCCCUCUCUUGACGACCCAACCAUGACGGGCGAAGAGCUCGACCCCACGCUGGACCAGGAUCCCAACGCACUGGCGCAGCAGCCCAACGCGAUGGCGCAGCAGCCCAACGCGAUGGCGCAGCAGCCCAACGCGAUGGCGCAGCAGCCCAACGCAAUGGGCAGCCAGCUCAACGCCCAGCAGACAGGCACCGACGGCCUCGCCGGUGGCUUCGACGACGAGGUCGGCUACGACGAGGACCCCAACGGCGCCUUUGCCGGCAACCUCCCCGCCGACCAGUUGGCCGACGACGAUUCCAUGUACGCCCCGUCGCAAGGCGCGGGGGCUACCGCUGGCGCCGGAAAGGUAAAGACUGCAGUCAUGCCGGUCGGCUGGGACGAAGAUCCGACGCUUGCCGGUGCAUCGGGCGCUGGUGCUGCUGGAGCCUCAGCUGCCGCGAACCCGGCGCAGUCUGGGAAGAUGCAGGCUCAAGUCAUGCCGGCUGCUGGGAAUGCACGAACGGCUUGGAAGAGGUCGAGGAUCGCGCGUGCUUUGGCCGUUUGA